GAAAUCCAUGCCAAGAUGCCUGCCUUCCUUGGUCUAAAGUGUCUGGGGAAAUUGUGCAGCUCUGAGAAAAGCAAAGUCACCUCAUCUGAGAGAACCAGUGCCAGGGGCUCGAACAGAAAGAGACUGAUUGUUGAGGACCGGAGGGUCUCUGGGACCUCCUUCGCCGCUCAUAGGCGUGCCACUAUCACUCAUUUGCUGUAUCUCUGUCCCGAGGACUACUGCCCACGUGGGCAUGUAUGUAACAGCGUUGAUCCUUUUGUGGCCCACCCUCAGGACCCACACCACCCAUCAGAGAAGCCUGUCAUUCACUGCCAUAAAUGUGGGGAGCCUUGCAAGGGUGAAGUGCUUCGGGUCCAGACCAAACAUUUCCACAUCAAGUGUUUCACCUGCAAAGUGUGUGGCUGUGACCUGGCACAAGGGGGCUUCUUCAUAAAGAACGGAGAGUAUCUCUGCACCCUGGACUACCAGAGGAUGUACGGGACACGCUGCCAUGGCUGUGGGGAGUUCGUGGAGGGCGAAGUGGUGACUGCUCUGGGCAAGACCUACCAUCCCAAUUGCUUUGCUUGUACUAUCUGCAAGCGCCCGUUUCCACCCGGAGACCGAGUCACAUUCAAUGGGAGAGACUGCCUUUGUCAACUCUGUGCACAGCCGAUGUCGUCCAGUCCGAAAGAAACCACCUUCUCCAGCAAUUGUGCCGGCUGCGGAAGAGAUAUCAAGAAUGGGCAGGCGCUGCUGGCGCUGGAUAAGCAGUGGCACUUGGGGUGCUUUAAAUGCAAGUCCUGCGGGAAGGUCCUCACCGGGGAGUACAUCAGCAAGGAUGGUGCCCCGUACUGUGAAAAGGACUACCAGGGACUCUUUGGGGUGAAAUGUGAGGCGUGUCACCAGUUUAUCACAGGGAAAGUCCUGGAGGCAGGUGACAAACAUUACCACCCCAGCUGUGCACGAUGCAGCAGAUGCAACCAGAUGUUCACAGAAGGAGAGGAAAUGUAUCUUCAAGGUUCCACCGUUUGGCAUCCCGACUGUAAGCAAUCUACGAAGACCGAGGAAAAGCUGCGGCCUACCAGGACGUCCUCGGAAAGUAUUUAUUCUAGACCAGGCUCCAGUAUUCCUGGCUCACCAGGUCAUACUAUCUAUGCAAAAGUAGACAAUGAGAUCCUGGAUUACAAGGAUUUAGCAGCCAUUCCCAAGGUCAAGGCAAUUUAUGACAUUGAACGUCCAGAUCUUAUUACCUAUGAGCCUUUCUACACUUCGGGCUAUGAUGACAAACAGGAGAGACAGAGCCUCGGAGAGUCUCCGAGGACUUUGUCUCCUACUCCAUCAGCAGAAGGGUACCAGGAUGUUCGGGAUCGUAUGAUCCAUCGGUCCACGAGCCAGGGCUCCAUCAACUCCCCUGUGUACAGCCGCCACAGCUACACUCCAACCACGUCGCGCUCUCCCCAGCAUUUCCACAGACCUGGCAAUGAGCCGUCCAGCGGCCGGAACUCCCCUCUCCCUUACCGGCCAGACAGCCGCCCUCUAACUCCAACUUACGCUCAGGCCCCUAAACAUUUCCAUGUUCCAGAUCAAGGAAUCAACAUUUACCGAAAACCACCCAUCUACAAACAGCAUGCUGCCUUGGCAGCCCAGAGCAAGUCCUCAGAAGAUAUCAUCAAGUUUUCCAAGUUCCCAGCAGCCCAGGCACCAGACCCCAGCGAGACACCAAAGAUUGAGACCGACCACUGGCCUGGUCCCCCCUCAUUUGCUGCCGUAGGACCUGACAUGAGACGCAGAUCUAGUGGCAGAGAGGAAGAUGAUGAGGAACUUCUGAGACGCCGGCAGCUUCAAGAAGAGCAAUUAAUGAAGCUUAACUCAGGCCUGGGACAGUUGAUAUUGAAAGAAGAGAUGGAGAAAGAGAGCCGGGAAAGGUCAUCUCUGUUAGCCAGUCGCUAUGAUUCGCCCAUCAACUCAGCUUCGCAUAUUCCAUCAUCUAAAACCGCAUCGCUCCCUGGCUAUGGAAGAAAUGGGCUUCACCGGCCUGUUUCUACCGACUUCGCUCAGUAUAACAGCUAUGGGGAUGUCAGCGGGGGAGUGCGAGAUUACCAGACGCUCCCAGAUGGCCACAUGCCUGCAAUGAGAAUGGACAGAGGAGUGUCUAUGCCCAACAUGUUGGAACCAAAGAUAUUUCCAUAUGAAAUGCUCAUGGUGACCAACAGAGGGCGAAACAAAAUCCUAAGAGAGGUGGACAGAACCAGGCUGGAGCGCCACUUAGCCCCUGAAGUGUUUCGGGAAAUCUUUGGAAUGUCCAUACAGGAGUUUGACAAGUUACCUCUUUGGAGACGCAACGACAUGAAGAAAAAAGCAAAACUCUUCUAAGUCCCACUCAUGAAUGGCAAUUAGAGAAAGGACUGACAGUGGCGGUGCCCCAUAGGAUGUCAUAUUGAGGCCCAAACUUGAUUGGAGAAUUUGCAAACUACCGUCGCUCAGCAACACCGAAAAGAGAAAGUCUGGUUAAAACACCCAUGAGUCAAAUGCUGGGCCAGCCAGCAGUAACACUUGCCAAGAAGCAUGGCGUAGAGAUUUCUAUGUUCUGAAACACAGAGUAGUGUCCACAUGUGACCUUUUCACCUUACCUUAUGUAUACAGCAGGAGCUGCGUUCUUUUCUUCUUCUUUUUUCCCUUUAUCUGUUGUCCAACAACAGUGCUGACUGUCCGGAUAAGAGCCAGCAAGUGCCCUUAGGAUGCCGCAUGGCAAAAAUCGGUUAUCAUAAUUUCAAAGUAUAAAUAAAUUUAUUAUAUAGCUCUGCGGCUAAGAAGGAAGAGUGAGGGGUCUGUCCAUGGGGUGGCAGUGAUUUCACACCCGCCUUUCUUGAAUGGCUUCGUGUUACUCACCUGUGCCCUGGCAGGAAUGGAACUCCAUCAGGGAACAGGGCAGCUCUGUUUGAAUGGGGUGAAUAACAGCAAAAUUAAUUCUUAACAAGCUCCUUGUUCUCUACUGUUCACCGGGACCUGGUUGGCAAAUGACUUAGCUAUUAGUAUAUUUAAAAACUGUUCAAAAGCAAAAGAGAAGGAACAGGAAUGAAAGGGAACCUUCCCUUAACUCUUUCUGCUUCCCAUAGCAGGUCUGGUUCCUGCUCCCCGCCUAGGACAGAUUGGCCCGGUGGCAUGCCAUUAGGUGAUUUUGCGUAGGGGCCAUAUCACUCAUGGCCAAAAAAACCCAAAAAACCAAAAACAAAAACAAGUCCCAUGUCCUACUGACUCUAGUUCUUCCAGUCAUUAUCCUCUGCUGUCUCUCUGGCAUCCUAUGAAUCAGAUCAAGCCCAUGCUGUUGUUGGUUUUUAAGGUUUCUUUCAAUAAUAGGCUAAGGAAAGACAUGUUUUUCUCUUUUAAAUCUCUGCAACUCCAAAGUAGACUCCUUCAAACGGAUUUAAUUUGGCCUUUUCAGCUUUAUUCUUGCCCAGCUCUGUCGAAUUCAUGGGUGUGUGUGCACGUGUUGGUUUCACUCACCCGGAGUAAUUUUGUGAGCGUGCAUGUGCUUUUAAUUUCUGCUUGAAUGUUUGUCCCACUGUGUUGCAGCUUCUAAAGACAUUUUCACCGAGUGUGUGUGACUUAAAGAUCAAGAGUGAGGCUAAACUGCGCCCCCAACAUCACUUCCUUCAUGGAAAGGUGUUGGCGCUAAUGUAGCUAGUGGCAGGAUCAGACUGGGAACCACAGAGGAAGGAUGAGGUGGGAUGUGGAGGUCAGAGCAUCUCACGAGAGUCCCUCAGACUCUGCAACACUAGAUUUGAAUUUGAGCCUAGGGUUUCCCCAACACGUGCGUGCGUAUGAAACCACAUCAUGAUUCCCGACGUGAGCUAGAUGAGAGAGAGUUUAUGUAACUCCACACCCAGGAGGGUAAGCCACUUUGUUAUCAUCCUUUGGGGCUGUGCUUAAGAAUUUAAGCUCUGUUUUAAAGCCAAAGAAGAAAACAUUUGAAUUUACCUUCAUAUGCCACUAAGAACAAAAGCUCUGAAGUGCUUCCUGCUGGCACCAAAUAUUAGGAUUACAAGCUGUCUUCUCUGACACCAGGGGUAAAAAAGCGAGUAGAAUAGUUUCUGAGUCUGUGUUGUAGCCUCUGACACGUGGCUCACUGCUGUCAUUUGGGGGCUGGAAUGAACAGUCACUGUUUUAUAGCAUCCUCCUGUGCUCUUAACUAAGGAAUCUAAAUUGUCCUAGCCUUCCAUUGCUAUGCACUGAAUGUUUGAGGACUAUUCUCUUGUGUGUGUGUGUGUGUGUGUGUGCGCGCGCGCGUGUGCGUGUGUUGGAUCUACUAACAUAUUUAGCAAAUGGCUGUGACAGGGUGGCCGUGAGCAGAUGAGACCAGCUCUUGCUUGGUUGGAAGCCACACUGCAGUUUGCAGUUUAGCCUUUGGUGUCUCAGUGGCCUCUUGCUUAUUCCAUGCUUUUUCUCUCCCAUCCUCUCUCUGUGCCCUCCUGCAAUGGCAGCCUUGGCACAAUGCCUGGGUGUCCUCGUCCUUGCUUUACUCUGGAAAGUGUGGGGAUGGAGAGGAUGGUGCAUUUCCAAUGUUUCCUUACCUGUCAAUAACAAUGGUGGCCACAUGUGUCCCAGCACUUGGCUGGUGGAGAGACUUUUUCAUUAUGGAGCUAAUAAAGGGUCCCCAUGUUUUACAUUGAUUAAUGAAUUAUCACCCAGACAUGUGCAGAUCAAACAUCAAUAUAAGAAAAAUCAAGGUAUUUAGGAAACAUGGGCAUAAUCAGGUGAUUUUGCUAAAAUGCCUCUUCCUUGGUCUACAUAAAGAAGACAUGAGUCUGUCAUAGAAUGGGGACAUUAGACUGAAAACUGGGACAACCCCCUUCCUUAUUUUAUAGAGACUAGGAGUUAAGGGGCCUGCCUAAGAUUGCAGUGAUAAAGAACUGAACCCUAAAUCAGCUCCCACUAAUGAAACCCUGCUUUCCUUGUAUCUUUUAAACUCAGUUCUGCAUCCAACUUGAGAAGAAAAAAACUUUCUUUCCAUGUCAAGUACCAUAUGAGUUCAUUUAAACUACAUCUUGCAGAAAUGCAUUGCCAGAAAGCACCAGUAGCUUCCUAUCUGCAAGCAGAGUAGUGCUCUGCUCUGGGGAGGGGUCAUUGGAAACCAUAAUGCAGAGUGGGCCCCCUACUCCAUUUCCCAGCAGAAGGCUCCAGCUGGAGGGAUGGGUCAUGGGGCAACCUGGUUCCUGCUAACUGCCAGAUCGAAUGUGUGGGCUAGAAUGCCUGUCCAUUUGGUUAAACCGGGCUCAGCAUGCUUAUCUUCAAAACGUCCAAGUCACAGCACGCAAGAUGGGUAUUGGUCUGCUUUCACCCCACCCUGUACUACACAUGAAAAUUCCAGUUAUUAACACACUCACACUGGUGGAGCUUGUUCCCCCUAGGAAGGGGAUUAUAGAUGGUAGGCUUCCCUGGUGCCUAUGUAAAGGGCUACAUUUUGGAACAUUUGACUUCCUUGGGAAUCUUAAGUGCAUACUGAUGGCAUGAAGUAAAAGGGGCCUCUGAUGAUAGGAAAAUCAGUUCUUUUAAAAUGUCUUCAAGAAAAUCCAGGCUAUCACAUAGUCUUUCUGUAUGACUUAUUAGGAGAUAGGAAGAGCAUUGGGAAACUUGCACAGCUAGCUAUGCGUCUACAUUUUGGUUUGGGGUUAGUUAUGAAAUGUUCUUAAUAUGACGUAUUCAGUAACUUCACAUAAACUGCCUGUUCUCCGAAACCUCAAAGAGAUGGAGUUAAUGAGUUUUGUUUUUUUUUUAAAAUGGGGGUAGUUUUCUAUCUGUCAUGGGCUCUAGCAUCUACGCCGCUACCCAAUUCUGUCAUCUCCAAGCUGAGUUUCCUCUUCUGAGGCAGAGGCUGGAGCAGUUCUUUUUCAGUUCUCAUCCUCUCCAUCCCAAUCCAGUAUAUCAAUCAACUCUAACUCAGAGGCGUCUAGCUGGUAAUGUUUCUAAAACUUUCACUGGAUUUCUUUAGACAUUGAAGCAAACAUUUUUUUCUAAGAAUUGCUUCUCAGAUGAUGACAUCAAAUGUAUAUGCUUUUGCAAGUUUGAAAAAUUCAAAUUAACCACUUUUGACUAGGUAAGUCUUUCUGAAAACCAUUUAAAGCUAACUGGGUCUUAGCAUCCUCCUGUAUAUGGAAGAGACAGGUGAUUGCUCCAGGUUGGGUGCUCAUAGAACCCUUUUCCUGACUCUCAUGGAAGACGGUGGAAGGAAAAUGGACUGUCUCAUCAACCCCUCUGUGUCCUCUGAAGCAAUCUCAGUUUUUAUUAACCACCUCUUCUGUGUUUCUGGUAGCUAUUUAAUCUGUAUUUAAUCUGUACGUCUUAUGCCAGCCUCAAUUUUAUUUGAUUUUUAAAAUUAUUCUCUUCUAACCAAUGAAGUGUUUGUCAGUAUGCCCCAAAGCUUGCUCUUUUGUGCUCCCUUUUGAAUAACUUUCUAUCCAGAAAAAGAGAUUAUUUGGGACUUGAGAUUUGCAGUGAUACCAACUUAUAGCAAUGAUGUACUUUAAGGGAACUACCCAACUAUGUUGUGAUAGGAGAAAGAGAAACCUUCACUUUGACAUUUUUUUUAAUCACUUUAUUUUUCCAUUUGCUGCCCAGGAAGCAGUGGGAGGUGGUGGCAGAUAUGCUUUGCAUAUGGAUUGUUAUGUUUUUAUUUGGGCAAGUUUAAUCAUGGAAAACUCAAAAAGAAGGGGGGAAAUGGUCAGUUUAAGCCAAAAGAAACUUUCUAAACAAUGUGUAUGUACACAGCAAAAUUAAACAAAUCCAACAAUUUCUGAAGCUUAGUGUAAUUGAGUGGUGGUUGUUAUUCAAUAAAAUUAUUCCCAAAAGUGUUUUUCCUAAGAAUGCAGUUCCCAUGAGUCACUUCCUGAACCCAUUGACCAAAGGUGGACAGAGACAAUCCUAUAGACGUUGACAUUCAGAAAGAUGUGAGCUGCUUACUGAUCAUAUAUGCAUACGUUUCUUUACAGCAGAGGAAACCAUUGUCCACAAAACUGAUGUUCUUUUGGGGUUUUAUGUACAGACUUGUCCAAUGAUGUGUGUGGUUCCUGUGAGUUGCUGAUGACUCUGCAUUGAAGCUCUCUGAGUUCUUUCAUUUUAAGUUGGGUUUAUGGAAUUUUUUCAAAUGUUGGAAGGCGUAUGGUUCUUCCUGCCCUCCCUCCCCUUUUGGAAAUAUGAAAGCAAAUGUUUAGAAGAAUUCCUUUUGAAAAGCUGUGUCGUGUUCCCUGUGAAACUGAGCAGGUGUGUGUUGGCGCGCUAAGUGCCAUGUGCUUGUGUGCAGAGGAGGAGGUGGUCCUGCCAGCUCCGCGCUGCUGUGCCUGUGAUCCCGACCUGCUCCCCGCUCCUGUUGCCAGCAGCACUCACUGCACUCCUUUGUCAUAUACUCUGCAUCACUGUCAUACUCACAACUUCGUGAAUAAAGUUGUGUGCUUUAUUCAUA